AUGGAUUUAGUCAAUCACUUGCCCGAUCGGUUAUUAUUUGCCGUCCCCAAAAAGGGAAGAUUAUAUGAGAAAUGUGUAACUCUCUUGAAGGGUACAGACAUCAAGUUUAGACGUUCCAAUAGACUAGAUAUUGCUCUCUGUACCAACUUACCUAUAGCCUUGGUAUUCUUGCCUGCUGCUGAUAUCCCCACAUUUGUUGGUGAAGGUAAUUGUGACCUUGGUAUCACUGGCCACGAUCAAGUUAGAGAAUUGCACAUGGAAGAAGACGUUGAAGAUCUUUUAGAUUUGGAAUUUGGUAAUUGUAAAUUACAAAUCCAAGUACCUGCUGAUGGCCAAUACUCCAAACCUGAAGAUUUGAUUGGUAAAAAGAUUGUUAGUUCAUUCACCUCUUUAACCACUGAAUAUUUCAAGAAAUUAGAAGGUGUGGAAGAUGAUUCUCAAUUGAAGACCAAAAUUAAAUAUGUUGGAGGCUCAGUUGAAGCUUCUUGUGCCUUGGGGGUUGCAGAUGCCAUUGUUGAUUUGGUUGAAAGUGGUGAAACCAUGAAGGCUGCUGGAUUGAAAGCCAUUGAAACUGUGUUAUCUACUUCAGCCAGAUUAAUUAGGUCUAAGAACCCUAAAUUCCCAGAUUUGGUCGAUAAAAUCCAUCAAAGAUUCGUGGGGAUCUUAACUGCUCAAUCAUAUGUCUUGUGUAACUACAAUGCCCCCAGAUCUAUCUUGAAGCAAUGUCUUGCUAUUACUCCAGGUAAGAGAGCAGCUACUGUGUCUGCCUUAGAGACUUCUGCUCAAGAUGAGGAGGAGUGGGUAGCCAUUUCUUCAAUGGUGGGGAUGAAGAAAAUCGGUGAUGUUAUGGAUGAAUUGAAGAAAGUUGGUGCCACUGAUAUAUUAGUAUUGGAAAUCAAUAACUGUAGAGCUUAA